ACACCCACAAAAAAGAUCAGUACACGUCCACACAGGAUGUUGGCAAAGUGUCACAAAGUAUCACACAAAUCCGUUAUAAACCACCUGUUACAUAUAAACCUUUUAAAUACGUUUCUAAUUAUUUUUUGCAAUUAAUAGAACUCCCUUUUGCGACGGUUUUACCAUUUUUUACUCAGGCUGUUGAUGAGCUACCUAAAGGGUCUUUACUGUUACAUGUGCUACAGUUACCGACCCCUGAACAUGAAAACUACGACGAAAACUAAGCAACAAGUUAUUAAAUGACAAGCUUUAUGAUGUAUUUAACAGUUAAAAGACAUUUUUGUCCCUGUAUUAACGCUUACCUCGUGUGACAUAAACUGGAGAAACAUUUGGGCUAUGAUUACUUGCAUUAAGUGUUCUUCAUACGACAUGAGUUCUGAGGUGUGCCCGUUCUGUGGGAAAGCCUUCAAAAGGUUGAAGAGUCAUCUACCACAUUGCAAAGCAGCAGCGAGCUCCAAAAAAAUGCAGCAUGAUGCAAAUCAGACAAUCUCAUCUUCGUCAUCUCUUCAACUUGGCACAGACAUGUCUGAAACAGCAGCAAAGAAAAAAACAUCUGUGCAGACAAGAGGAGACAGUAAAAGGAGUAAAAAGGUGUCAAUACUAGAACCAUCAUCACCAGCAGAACCUGCAUCUUCAUCACAGUCAACAUUAUCCUUAACGUCAUCCUUAAAUUCUACAACACUGUCGAGUAAGAAGAAGAAACAGAAGUUGGCUGAUCAAAUUAAGAUCACUACUAUGCCGUCCUCUACCCCUGCUUCUCCAGUUUCCUCUUCACCACAACCAACCUCAGUCCUCAAAGCUACGAAGAAACCUCUCCAUAUGUCAAAUCCAGAGUCUAGAUCUGCUUCACGAGAUGUUCCCUCAGAUUCAGACCCACGGGCAACAACAUCCAGGAACACAGUACUGAUAAAGACCAGCUCAGACGGUCCACAGACCACAUACAGUCAACACAAAAGUGUUGUAAAAAAAAAAGUUUCACAGCAGGCAAAAGCAACGCCAUCUCCUUCCACUGCCAAAACUAGGUCUCUGGACUCUAACCUAAAUAAUAACAGUUCAAGAUCUAACUCCAGAAGCCGUUUCUGGGAGGAUGAUGAUGAGGAAAAAGAGGAUUUACGGGAGAAUGAGGUGUUGUGGAAAUCAGGAGGAGGUCUUCAGGCCAACAUAACCCUGCAGGAUGUUAAAGCCACAUUAGGCAGAACUAAAAACAAUCAUCAGCACAGCAGGGGGAGCAUCCUCCAUCAAAUUGAAACCACAAGUAGCCUUGAUACCACUCCAAAUACAGCAGGGAAAAAGCAAAAAGACAUUAGUUUAGUAAAAAUGGUUUCUCAGCCAGGCAGGAUACAAAGCAGUGCCAGUUUACAGCACAAGGAGCCAAAACCAGAAAACUGUUCAAAAUCCGAUCUACCUGAACCAGUUUCUCCUGGAGUCUUUCCUAACCAUCUGUCAUCUGUGUUGAGCCAAGAUAUGCACAUCACACACAGCUCCAGCAUGAGAGAGGGGCUGAGGAUGGACCACCACAUGCUGGGACUCCUCUCAGUGACACCACCAGUCAACCAGCACCUAAAACUAACACCACCAUCCUCUUCCAGCGCUCAUCUUUCUCCUCUAGCACAAAAGAAUCUGCCUGUGAAGGUGGAGACAGAGAGAACUGAGCAGAGGCCGAGGAUGGAGAGGAAGUCAAACACUGCUCAGAAUGGAAGUGAGGGGGGUCUGACCCAGCGUUGUAUCGGGCAGGUGACACUGAGGGAGCUGCCUGAGUGGUUGGCGUGCAGGACUCCCAGCCGACCCAGGGAUGUACUGGAAAUGGUGCAAAGAGGCUGGCGGUGGUACUACACGAGGUAUAUUGAUGUGAAGAAAGGCGGCGUGGGUGGACUGGGCAUGCUGUUAGCAGGAUACUGCAUGCUCAGCUACAUCUGGAGUUAUCCCCACUUAAAGCGUGAUCGCUGGAGGAAGUACCACUAAGGUCAAAGGAAGAUGUUUGGACAAGAGCGACUCUGCAGGAGGAAACUCGAGAGCUGAGGCAGAGGGGAAGGUUGGGGCUCGGAGACGUCGCCGUGGUCCAAGCUUUGUCCAGAACCCAAAGUCAAGUUUCCAACUUAAGUACUUUCGAGUCUGUUGUGUUGUCUUGUCAGCACAUUUUGUUUUCUUUAAACAAGUUAACAAAUGAUGAAUUUGGACCAGAAUGUUUGUUUUUUGUUUUUUCAAAAUUCACUCACUGCCUUUAAAACGUUUUCCACUACACCUUAGCUCAUAAAAUGUAAUGUUCAAGUCUCAUUUUAGAUUUAUGUGAUGAUGUGAAUUUAUUUAAUUUUAACUUUUGACAAGAGGAAACUUGGCAUGAAAAGUUAUUAGACAUGAUUUAACUUUGCCUCAUGUACAAUCAUUAAUGUCAUGGUAUUAGUUAGUGGUUAUAAUCUAGUCUAUAUGAUCUUACUUUAUUUAAUACCUAACAUGAUUGUAAUUGUCCUUAAAUGCGUCUCCUCUACCAUAUCUUUCCAGCCCAUCACACUUUCUGUGAUGAUGAACUCAAACUGGACACAGCUGUCCCGAACUAAUAUUCUCAAUUGAGUACAGUAACUUACAGAUCAGUACUGUAUUUACCCAGUUAUAAUUUUCCCCAAAAUAUGUUUGGUACUCAAAUAGUUAAAAAAAUUCCUGUCCAAAAGGUGUCUGCUGGUGUGUCUGCAGUGCACCACUAGGUGUCACUGUUGGGUUGUUCCAUAGAACCUGGAGGCUUAGUCGAAUGUUUGCUAUGCAGAGUUUUCUUUGCUUCUUUGUACAGAGGCAUUGGUGCAGGGGGUCCAUGAGAGGAUUAAAGGGAACGAACCAGAAAUUUUCCUGGGAUAAAAUCUUACCCUCUUGCGCUCAGAUAUGAAGAAACAUGAAACACUUCCAUCAGCAUCUGUGAAAAGAUGGUAUCUGUGUAGCAGGACUGUCUCAAAUCUGUUUUCUUUCGCAAAUUCUUGUCUAGUGUCACAUGAUGUUAUUAUGCAUGCUUAGUUUGUCAGUGCAGUAUGCGAACAUACUUCAGAAUAGUAAUGGAGGAAGGCUGAGGAGGCUCUCAGCCGGACUGGACCAGUUUGUGAUUGUAUUUAAAAUGAAUUAUUGUCGACUCUCCUCGCUGCUGUAAGUGUAACCCACAUGAGCUACAAAUGAAGAAAUGACAGUAUUUUUUGUAACGAUUUCUGACUCGCUCCGUUGCCAACACAAUAAAAAUAUUCCACUUCUUUUUGUACAUUCUUUUUUUUUCCAUACAAAAAUUAUAAAUAUUUUGUGUUUUGCUUUUCAUUUUUAUACAAAACAACAAACUAUACAAAUCAAGUGUGACAAAACAACAGUGAAAAUGGAAGCAGGAAAAAAACAAAAACAAAAUCUCUGCACUGGAAAAAAACAGGGGCUAAGCACAGUAUGUUCCUACCAGGCCCUCAGACAUUGAUAUGCAUCCAGAUUAAGUUUUCCCAACAAUGGACAAAUCUCAAACUUGUGCAGAACUGUGUUUCUUGCAGUUCUAAGUGCUAUACAGGCACAAAACCUUACUUUUUUUCAAAGCAGAGAGGCCAGGCGAGUUUUCUGUGUGCUCUGGCAGAUAGAAGAGGUCUAUUAGGGCGGAGGCAGAAAUACACACAUGCUGCGAUGGCCACUGGCACUCAAAACACAAAAACAGAAGACAGAUGCGUUCUCAAUCAGCAUAUAAAAAGGCCUUCAGUCUGCUCUUUAGCCUACUGGCAAGCAUAUUUCACAGACACAUUUUGUAGGAAAAAGAUCCCAACAACCUGAAUCAACCCCAAGAGAAUUUAACACAUUUAACCCUAGCUUUGGUCCUGUGAUGGGUUUGCAGCUGGUAUCUGAUGAUUAGUAAUUGGACAGUGGAGUGGUUUUAUUAUAAAACAUAAAUACAUGGACACUAUUGAGAAUUUAAUCAUUUGUCUUAAUGAUAAUAUUAAAGGUUUCAUUAUGUAACAUUAGUUUAUAUUCAUGUGCUGACAUUAAGUUUGUGUUGGAGUCUGGUGGAGAAGAUAAUGUCAAUAAAAGACUGGCUCUCAGCUAACUCAGUUUAUAAGCUGGAGUUAAACCAACAUCAAGAAACAAGAGUUUAUCUAGUUGCUGUAACUAGAUAUACCAUGACCCGGAAGACUGAAAAUCUACACUGAAGUCAGUCAUUUGUUGAGAUUGGCUAACUCGAUGUCUAUGCUAAUGUGUCUUUUACGCAGAAAUUAAUUUAGGCUGUAAACAUGGAUAUAAAAGAAAGUCAUAGGCUUUGAGAUUUAGUUAGCUAAUGUCAACAAACAGCCUGUUCCCAGCACAAAACACCCUCACUAGUUAUUUCUUGACAUUAACUGACUUCAGUUUUUAAGCUUGGGUAGCUUAAAAGUGGGAGUCCCUAAACUUGCAGCCAGUCAUUUGUUGACAUUAGCUAACUCCGAGUUAGCUGAUGUCUCCAACUACCAUGUAGAAGUCAACUAGAUCAGCUCCAUGGGAGUUACAUAACGUUGAUGCCCAGCUCCAAGCGUCAAAAUAGACUCAAUACAACAUGUAAGCCCAACUGAAUCUUAUGUACUAAUCCUUAAAAGAAAGUAGUGGAUCUAAAAGACACAGCCAGAGAUGUGAAAUACAUAAUUACUUGGGGUUGAUUCUGAUGAUGAACUCCCUCUCCAAUUAAUUUUGGUUUUGCUGCUGACAGAAAAGGGAAGAAAUGUGAGAAACUCCCCUCAAAAAAAUAGGAAAAAAAAAUAAAAUCCUGUGCGGAGUAUGGCAACAAAAUAAACUACAAACUUUCAGUCAUACACUAUGUGUUUCGAUUAACACACACUGAAAUGUGUCAAGGUAGUAAAGCAUAGACAGAUAUGAUCAAUAUAUAAUUAUAUGCAGAAGGCAGACAUACAUACAAUCAAUGCCCCUCUGGGAGCCUUUAAGCAUCGGUGUACCAUGUUCACAGAGCCGGGGAACACAUCAAAACCAACAAAACAGCCAUCUUUUCAAUUUCAUUUCUUAAAAAAAAAAGAACUAAUAAAAGUCUAAAU